GCUGAUGUGUUGACUUGUGCUAAUGUGUGUUGCAGGAUAAAGCGCAUGGCGGGAAUGAAGGAGUCUCAGAUCAGCGCAGAGAUCGAGCUGCUGCCGACUAACGACAAGAAGAAGUGGGCUCGACCUCCGAUCUCCAUGAACUUUGAGGUGCCAUUCGCUCCGUCAGGUCUUAAGGUCCGGUACCUGAAGGUGUUCGAGCCGAAGUUGAACUACAGCGAUCAUGACGUCAUUAAAUGGGUUCGUUACAUCGGACGCAGCGGCAUCUACGAGACACGCUGCUGACCCCUCCACCGCCGCUCCCGGGGCUGAUGGGAAGGAAUCGUUGUUGUUGUCCUCUACAGAUCUGUGUGUGUUUAUUCAGUACAAAGUUUAAUCCCCACUUAUUCCAAAUGUCAGACGCUCAGCCAAUCACAUUCCAGAAACAGCUCAGCUGGCUCAGAGCCCAGUGUACCUGACAGAAAGGAGACCUGGACUGCGUCCGAAAAGUCAAAAACAAAUCUCCUUUCCUCGACCUCGAUGGAAAACGUCACGAGGUCAAGGAAAGAUGUGAAGGAGAAUCCAGAAGGACUCAGAGAAUCCGGCUGCUCGUUUCUAGGCAACGUAAUUAUGUGACGGCGGAUGUUACUGACGUGAUGAAACUACAAUGUUCUGAAGAUGGACUACAGAAAGCGCAUCUCUGACUCUGCGCCCCGUGUUGUUGUAAUGCAGGCCGUCUAAAGGUGGACAACACGGUGGAAUAUCAGCUUCAUAACCAAGAUAGCAAAAAGGCCUGUAGGUACCAGUCACCAAAUAAUGGACCGGGUCGUCAACCUCCUGCUCACGCUCAUCAACAUGAAUCCCAGUUAUUGUCUGUAAACAGUGUUUCCCACAGUAUGACAGCGUAACUGGGGCGAGAGAGAG